AUGGCGUCAGCCGCAACGUAUAAGCUCUGUUACCGGCCUUCUGCUCGCUGGCAUCGGCGUACGUACCUCCGAAAAUACCCCAACCUUGCGAAAUUGCCAGCUCAUAAACUGAGCGCUAUCUUGUCCAAUAUUGACACUAUUAUCCAGCAUGUUACCGAUGGUCCCGAUGCUCAGCGGAAUUUCCUAGUUGUGGAUAGCAAGACCGAGACAUCCCAGAUUGAACAGGCUUUCCAGAACUUCACACAGCAGAGAAAGGAUAUCGCCGUUCUCCUAAUCAAUCAACAUGUUGCGGAACGCAUUCGUCACAGCGUUGACUCGUUCGCCGACCCCUUCCCUGCCAUCCUGGAAAUCCCCAGCAAAGACCACCCUUACGACCCAGAGAAGGACAGCGUUCUUAAACGUGUGCGGCGUUUAUUUGGAGAGUGA